GCAGGUGGGACUCGCCGCUGGAGCCGCAGCUGCCUGCCUGCCUGCUUUCCCUUCGCCCAACCGGCCCUUCCCGACGGCGCGGGUUUCCCGGGUCUCCCCGCAGGCGACCCUCGAGGAGGGAUCGGGCAGCGCGCAGCGCAGCGUAGAGUCUAGCCAGGCCGGCCGGCGCCUCCUUGGCGAGCCCGGGUCCCCAGCGGGAAGGACGGGCUCCUCGGACAGCUGGAUGUGCGAAGUCGGGACGCGCCCCGCGCUGGCCGCUGGCGAGCGAGGGGGCGAGGAGACCCCGCCGGCCAGCGCUCUCUCGCCGCCCAGCUUCGGGGCAGGAGACAAGUGCCGGGAGAUGGGGGAACAGCCCAUCUUCACCACGAGAGCACAUGUCUUUCAAAUUGACCCUACCACCAAGAAGAACUGGGUCCCUGCAAGCAAACAAGCUGUGACCGUUUCCUACUUCUAUGACGGCACUAGGAACAGCUAUCGAAUAAUCAGUGUGGAUGGAACCAAGGUGAUUAUAAAUAGCACCAUCACACCUAACAUGACUUUCACAAAAACGUCCCAGAAGUUUGGCCAGUGGGCUGAUAGCAGAGCCAACACCGUCUUUGGCCUGGGUUUUUCUUCUGAACAGCAGCUGACAAAGUUUGCUGAGAAGUUCCAGGAGGUGAAAGAAGCCGCUCGACUGGCCAGAGACCGGUCGCAAGAAAAAAUGGAAACUUCCAGUAACCAUUCGCAAGAAUCGGGCCGUGAAACUCCGUGUUCUACUCGAACAUCCAGUGUGAAUGGAACGGAUGAGGAAAAAACCCCCCAUGGGGGUCCCGGUGAUGCACAGCUAAAAAUGGAAAACGACAAACUCAGGAUUGCUCUUGCCCAGAGUACCUCCAAUGUGAAGAAAUGGGAAACGGAACUGCAGGCAUUAAGAGAGAGCAACGCCAGGCUCACAACGGCUCUCCAGGAAUCCGCGGCCAGCAUAGAACACUGGAAAAAGCAGUUUUCCAUUAGCAAAGAUGAAAACGAUCAGCUGCGGAGUAAGAUCACGGAGCUAGAAGAACAGUGCAACGAAAUCGAUAAGGAGCGCGACCGGAACGCACAGCUUAGCAGGCGUCUUCAGGAUCUGGAAACAGAACUUCAGGAUAAGGAGUUGGAAUUAGAAGAUCUACGGAAACAGGGUGAAAUUAUACCUCAGCUCAUGACAGAAUGUGAAACAGUUUCUCAGAAAUUGCAGGCGGCUGAGAAAAGGAAUAAAGACCUGGAAGAGAAAGUCAGAGCUCUACGAACGGAAGUAGAAGAGAGCAAACAUCGGCAGAAUAUCUUGAAGACGGAGUUACAAACUUUUUUAGAUGUACUCGAUGGAAAGAUAGAUGAAUUGCAGGAUUUUCGGCAAGGACUCUCAAAACUGGGUGUCGACAAUUAAGGGGACAGCCAUUUUUCCCCACCCCCAAAAUAUUUGGCGUGUGUGUGUGUGUGUGUGUGUGUGUGUGUGUACGUGUUCUAAACCUAUGUUUCUACAAAACGUGAAAAGAUGGGUGUUCUUCCUUAACAAUGUGUUUUGUACAUAGAGGCUAAGGAUUUUUUUUUCACUUCUUUUUUUUUUCGUUCUACAAUUUUUUCCUUGCUUCUUCCUUCCUUUCUUUAAGAAAGAGGUGACAAUUUUUAAAAAAAUCUUACUGCUCUAGCCCAUUCUGGGUUUAUAUAAACAAACGGGGGAAUUCUCUUGUCUCAGGAGACCUGAACCUCAAUUUACCUUAAUGUAACGUUGCAGUUUGCAGUAGGCGUUGUAAUGGAGACUUUGAUUUAAGGCCUGCUGCAACGGUAGAAUGGAGACAUUUUUCCAAAAUGCUCAGCUGCUGCUGAUUUAUGCCUCAUUUUAUAGUGCAGACACAGGUGAAGGUGGAACAGAGAUUUUAGGAGCAACCAUAGAGUAACAACUCUUCCGAGCCUUAAGGAACAAAUGAGAAAAGCCACAUUCAAAAAUGUCCAUAUUGCAACAUAAUUCUCCUCUACCUCUUCCUCCUCCUCCUCCUCCUCCUCCUUUCUUCUCCUUCUCCUCCUCCUCCUCCUUCUCAUACUACUUUCCUUCCUCCUCCUUCUCUAUUACUCUUCCUCCUCCUUCUCCUUCUCGUACUACUCUCCUGCCUCCUCCUCCUCCUUCUUUCUUCUCCUCCUCCUUCUCAUACUACUCUCCUUCAUCCUCCUUCUCUACUACUCUCCCUCUCCCUCUUCUUCCUUAUCCUUCUCUACUACUCUCUGUCCUCCUCCUUCUCGUAUUAUUCUCCCUCCUCCUCCUCCUCCUCUACUACUCUCCCUCCUCCUCCUCCUUCCCAUACUACUUUCCCUCCUCCUCCUCAUUCUCAUACUACUCUCCCUCCUCCUUCUCCUUCUCGUACUACUCUCCUGCCUCCUCCUCCUC